CAGUGGUGUCUAGAGAACAUCAGAAAUUAGCGGAUGCGAUGAUGUUGCUGGCCAAACCACCCACCGAGGGUCUCAUGACUGCAUGUUGGCGUGCGACGUGUGCAGCGGACACAAGGGCCACCAGAGGAAUCAUGGUCACGUCUCAAGCGUUUGAUGCUAUUGGUCAGAUGUCCAAGCGGAACUAUCCGAGACACGUGCAAAUGGUGUCUGAUAUCACAAAGGAAUAUACCAGAAUGAUACCUCAGUACGAAAACAUUGCAGACGCGCAAGCGCUGGCGUCCCACAAAGCCAAUGAUGCUAUGGCCGGCCUAGCAGAGGGCAAAUUAGAGGUGUCAUACAGCAACGCCGUUCAGGACAGAUAUGAGGUCAUAUCGAACAUAGCACUUGCUGAGGCGAACAACUUUCAUGCUUAUAAGGAAAAAGACUUCAAAGCGAUGAUGGAGCGGUUUUUAGACGGACAAAUCGAUCAUUACAAAGAGGUAUUAACGAAACUGGAAAAGGCUAGAGAAGCAAUUGAAGAACUCUGAAGGAGCUGAACCCUGUGCCUACCGGAAUUGCUAAAGGCCGUACUGUCCUUCAUCCGAGGAAACCUUCGUGUUAUACCACCAACACUAUGUAUACCUGUGUGUGUCGUGCAGAUAAUUACAUUACGAGCUGUUACGUUAUCCGUUCGAGGGGCUACGUAGGGUGUUUAUCAAUGAUUUCUAUCAGUAUCCAGCAUGGCAAUGUCAGAGAGUGUUGCGUAUCUUCCUAUAGCAAAGAUGUAUUGCGACUCAGGCUUUCGGCGCACUUUGUUGGGCUGAUUAUGGAGCUGCUUACAGCCCCGCCUCAACCUCCGUAUGGUCUCCUUUGCAUUUCUCAAGCGACCAAAUACGCACGAAUCAAGAUGAAACUCACAGGUCGAAGUGGGCUGACCUUCUAGAAAUUAUUCGAAUAUUAAUUGAUUUCUUCUUAGAAAAGAUGGUCAAAAUAGAAUCUCAUGCAACUAUGCCACUUUUGAAAACGUCGGGGUUUAUUGGUUUUGUAGUGGGUCUUUGUUUGUGUUUCUUUUAACUCUUUAUAUCUUGCUAAAAGCUAUGUAUGUAGAAAAAAAACACUAAAAGAUUCAUUGAUUCUCCCUUCUCACAGAGAGAGAGAGGGGAAAGAUGACCAAACAUCGAUGAUUUGUUCGGAACGAUCACUAUUGCGUGCCAUUGGUCCCGUAGGGAUGAAAAGAAUGCUAUGAUUGUCCUCUGUCUCG